UUGGUAAAUUAACUUCCGGGGUCAGUAGUGUGUCUCGUUAUCACGCUGCCAGCCUGUAAACUCAGUUUGUAGUCAGUUCAACGGGACAUUGGCAGCUUUAAACCCAAAAGAAGAAGAAUUGGAGCCGUGUGGCUAUGUGGGGCUGUUUUUGUUGAGGAAAAAAUGCCAAACAUUAGCUGGUUCCAGCUUCUUAAAUUCUUGUCCUGAAAGUCCUGCCGCCGGCUCAGAGAAGCUCAGUGAUGAAGAACAGAAUCGGUGGCUCACUGGACAGUCGGCUCAAACAGAGAGUGGAGCAGUAUCUGGCGUCCAGCAGCUGUCAGUAUGUGGACCUUUCAGCCACAGCCCUGGAGCUUCAACGGCAGUACAGAAUGGAGUAUGGCCGAAGAAACAAGACGGCUUUCAGGAUUCAAGUAGAGAAAGUGUACGAGGUGAUAGCGAAGGAGACUGGGCUCAAUGAUCUGGAGAGCAAACACUUGGCUAAGAGAGCCAAGCACAGCCGCAAUGACACUGGUGACAGCAGCAGCAGCUCGGAGGAGUCCUCUGACAGUGAUGACCCCAUUCUGGAGAACACUCCCACCAACCACAUGAACAGCUCUCUCACAUCCCUCUACCGGAAGGGACAGCCUGACUCCAGCACCUGCUCCUCACCCAGGAGAGAUCAGCUCGUUGCCAGCAGUCCUGCCACCGUAGCUAACCCCCCUCCUAAUGCAGGGACGCUGGUUUCCACAGGAGGCUGGUUCAUUGAUAGAGGCAGAGGCCCUGAGAAGAGCAACAUCCUCAUUGACCUGUGUGAAGAGGAGCCAACUAACACAGCAACAAACACAGAUGUUUCCAUGCUGGAGCCUGAGAAAUCUCACAAAAAGUCAAAAAAAAGGACGAAGAUCUCUAAGGAAACUACUGAGUCUCGCACAGUGACCAAGAAAGCUAAGUCAAAGUCCCCAGAGCUCCAGUAUCCCUCCCUGAAGUUUGAAGAUGUGGGAGGUAAUGAAGAGACGUUAACGGAGGUGUGUAAGCUGCUGAUCCACCUUCGUCACCCAGAGGUAUAUCAGCAGCUGGGGAUGGUUCCUCCGAGGGGCUUUCUCCUCCACGGACCCCCUGGCUGUGGAAAGACCCUGCUUGCCCAGGCUGUGGCCGGGGUGAGUACUGCCCAUGGAGAUAAUAGAGUCCUGUUGAAUCUCAAAUGCUGUGUUGCAAGUUCUGUUAAAUUACCUGCCACUGGGAAUACGGAUAUAGAAAUUGCCCAUCUUCUGCUUCAGGAGCUGCAGCUGCCCAUGUUGAAGGUGUCCGCUCCAGAGCUGGUGUCUGGAGUGUCCGGGGAGUCUGAACAGAAGCUCAGAGAGCUGUUUGACCUGGCUUUGAGCUCCGCCCCAUGUAUCCUGUUCAUAGACGAGAUAGACGCCAUCACCCCUAAGAGAGAGGUGGCCUCUAAAGACAUGGAGAGGAGGAUUGUAGCCCAGCUGCUCACCUGCAUGGACGACUUGAACAGUCUGACAGUGACAGCACAGGUCCUGGUCAUCGGUGCCACCAACAGGCCAGACUCCCUGGACCCCGCCCUCCGCAGAGCGGGACGCUUCGACAGAGAGAUCUGCCUGGGUAUUCCUGAUGAAGCAGCUCGUCUCAGGAUCUUGAAGACAUUGUGUCGGAAGCUGAAGCUGCCGGAGGACUUCGAAUACCAGCAGUUGGCCCGCCUCACCCCAGGCUAUGUGGGCGCAGACCUCAUGGCUCUGUGCCGUGAAGCUGCCAUGAGCGCCGUAAACAGGGUUCUGCUGGAGAUAAGAGGACGGCCGCAGAGCCACAGCCAGACCUCCACUGAAGAACCGUUAACAGGCGGAGUCCUGACUGAGCCUGCUGCAACAGACGAUGAGGUCAGAGAGCAACAGACUGCAGACAUCAUCAACCCAGUACCUCAGGAAGAGUCGGGACAGAACCACCCGCAGCAGGGGGAGCUGUGGCACCUGUUGCAUCUGCUGAAGAACACUGAGAGUCUGUCAGAGGAAGAGUUGGCCGGCCUAUCCAUCCUCAUGUCAGACUUCCAGGCCUCUCUGGCCAGUGUCCAGCCCUCGGCCAAGAGGGAGGGCUUCGCCACCGUGCCUGAUGUCACGUGGGAGGACGUGGGAGCGCUGCAGGACAUCAGGGAGGAGCUCACCAUGGCCAUACUGGCUCCAGUGCGUUCUCCAGAGCAGUUCAGAGCUCUGGGGCUCAGUGCUCCGUCUGGUGUGCUGCUGGCUGGACCUCCAGGAUGUGGAAAAACACUGCUGGCUAAGGCAGUGGCCAAUGAGUCUGGCCUCAACUUCAUCUCUGUCAAGGGUCCAGAGCUGCUCAACAUGUAUGUGGGAGAGAGCGAGCGGGCGGUCAGACAGGUCUUCCAGAGAGGACGCAGCUCCGCUCCUUGUGUCAUCUUCUUUGACGAGCUCGACGCUCUGUGUCCUCGCCGAUCAGGUCACGAGUCAGGAGCCAGCGUCCGCGUGGUCAACCAGCUGCUCACAGAGAUGGACGGCUUGGAGACUCGACGGCAGGUCUUCAUCAUGGCCGCAACCAACAGACCAGAUAUCAUCGACCCCGCCAUACUCAGGCCAGGUCGUCUAGAUAAAACCUUGUAUGUGGGUCUGCCACCUCCAGCGGACCGCCACGCCAUCCUGCUCACCAUCACAAAGGGGGGCAGCAAACCUCAGCUGGAGCAGGAUGUCUGUCUUGAAGAGAUCGCCUUCGACGAGCGCUGCGAUUGCUUCACGGGUGCUGACCUGACUGCAUUAGUGAGGGAAGCAUCUGUUAAUGCCCUGAGGGCCUACCUGAAGUCCCAGCAUUCCUCAGCAACUUCUUCUGGUCACACGUACUCCUCCGGUCCCGUUGCCGACAUCAGAGUGAGCAAACAGAACUUUGAAGAUGCCUUCAAGAAAGUCCGUCCAUCUGUGUCCAAAAAGGACCAGAGGACAUACGAGCAGCUGCGAGAGUCCCUCAGCAGGUAGACCAGACCCGCCAACAUCACCAGCCAGCAGCUCGCCAUUCACACCAACCUCAGUUAUCAGUGAAUAAUUGCAUAUGCUGUAUGUAUACACGUUGUAUUAUGAUACGGAUUCCUGCUUUUAUAAUAAAAGUAGAAACCAAAGAUAAAUGCAUCCGGUGUGUACUCUGAUAAAAGACGUUAUCAAAUGUA